CUGCUCAGCUAUUCCGAAAAUAGUUGUCUCGAUCACACACGUACAUACAUAUGUAUAUACGUACAGUGGGCUUGCAUAUAAAAUGUGCAGAUAAAUUAUAUGUGCAUAAGUGGAACUAUUAGCUUGUACAUUAACUUUGCAAUUGCAAGUGUUCUUUCAAAAGUGAACAUAAAACAAAUAAAUUUGUGGCUAAAAUGAAUAAUUUAGAAUCGAGUGCUGAUCAAGUUCCUGCAUCUCAGGUCACUUAUCUAAAGCGUAAAACGAAAGCGCUGUUCGAUAGACUCGAAAGACUAUAUGCCGAAUCAGACGCGGACAAAUUAAGCCAUAUGGAUUCGUGUGAUUUACGUGUACUUUUGGACUCAAUCACCAAAUUAGAGUCAAAUUUCGAUGCGGUUCACACGAACUUAGAAGAAUCAGAUUUUGAGUCCAUAUCCAGUGAUUUACCUGCGAAAUUUGAAUCAAUUCUACUGAAGUUUAAGGCCCUGCUUCAACGUGAACUGGGAAGUCGGCCAAAUCAACAGUUUUCUUCGACACUUAAUACAAGCUUUACAAAUGCUAAUCCAGUGCUCAUUAUGUCAAAUCGGUCGCGUUUGCCGCAGUUGGAAUUGCCAAAAUUUAGUGGAAUCUAUACUGAGUGGGAAAACUUUUUCUCUAUGUUCAAAACGAUCAUAGAUGCUGACUCUGAGCUCAGCCCUAUUGAGAAGCUCCAACAUCUUCGGUCCUGCUUAAGUGGUGCUGCGCUGGAUACCAUCGGCUCAUUGGAAAUAAAUAGGGCUAACUAUAGCGUCGCUCUGGAUAUUCUUCAACGUCGAUUUGAUAAUAAACGUUUUAUUUUACAGGCACACAUCAGAGCGAUAUUUGGGCUUGAGAAGGCAGAUUCAUCUGUGGGUAGACUGAGGCAGUUGGCGGAUAAGGUUACAUCUCACAUUCGUGCUAUGGAUUCUCUUGCAUCGAGGGAAGAAGUCGCUGAUUGUAUCAUCGUGCAAACAGUGUUGCAGAAAUUGGACAAAUGCACUCAGGCCAAAUGGGAGGAACGAUCAUCAGCAAAUGAGUUACCGUCGUGGGCCAAGUUGUCAACGUUCUUGCAAGAGCGGUGUCGAAUGCUUGAAAAUGUGGAUCAAGUUUUGCAGGAUGGUCAGGUUGGCAAGUCAGGGAAGAUCAAAACCCUGAUGAUCUUGGAGUUCUCACUCCAGGGCAUUUCCUGAUUGGUCGACCACUUAUCGACUUCCCCGAACCAGAUCUAUCUCGGAUUAACUGCAAUCGCCUCGAUCGCUGGCAGCGUAUGACAUACAUACAGCAGUUGUUUUGGAAGCGAUGGAGUGAGGAAUACCUCACAAUUCUGCAACAGCGAGUAAAAUGGCGGACCCCACGGCCUUCUAUCAAGGUCAACGAUGUCGUCUGUGUAAAAGACGAAAACCUGCCACCUUUGAAGUGGCCAUUAGCCCGGGUCGUUGAAAUCAUCGCUGGAGCCGAUGGAGCCGUGAGAGUCGCUGUUCUGCGUACACCCACUGGAACUACACGUCGAGCUGUCAAUAAGCUGUGCGUCCUUCCGGUUGAUGAUCCUGUUAAAAGUCAUGGUCUUUUAACGGUGGGGGAGGAUGUUCGGCGCAGCAGCUAAUAAUUGCUCUUAAUAGUUAAAUAAGCUUCUCUUAAGUUAAUCUCUUUCCUUUGUCAUUCUCAUUCGCUGUUAGUGCACUCUUGCACAUAACAAAGCAUAACACACAUACAUAUGUAAAUCUCAUCCGCUCUGUUAAUUGCAUACUCCUCUUUAUUUAUAUUCUUUUAAACUCUGUACGAAAAUAGUCUUCAUUCGCGCAACACCUACAAACUUGUCACCCUCGCAUCGAAAUAACUUUGCCUAAACAGUGUCCACAGACUCGGCAUUAAAUUAAUAAAUAAUAAGCUAAAUUA